AUUCGAUUUAAGUUUGGGAUAUAUGGUCGAGCGUAAAUAUUGAAAACGAAUGUUAAGAAUGUCUUUAGCGCCUUCUGCUUUGUGUUCCAUAUGUAAGGAAAAUUUUAAAGAUGGCGAUGAAGUACGUAGCAUUAGCUGCGGCCAUGUUUUUCAUUAUGCUUGCAUCCAGGAAUGGGGUACUAGAUCAACAGUAUGCCCUCAAUGCCGAUUUCAAUAUGAAAGUAUGCAGAAAUUGCUCCUUAAGUUUAAUGAGAGCAGGAACGAUGUCUAUGAAAAACUUCAAGAGGAAUUGCAAAGUAAUGAAACAGAACUUAGACAGUUAGAACAGCAGUAUAAUAUAACUAAGGAAGAAGUGGAAGUGUUAAGAGCCGAGGUGUCUACGGACAACGAUAUUGAAAAAGAAUUUUUGGCUUUACAAAAGCUAUAUACCGAAAUCAUGGACGAUAAUGCUCAGAUUGAACGUCAAAAUGAAUGUUUAUCGCUGCAGAUUGCUGAUAAAACAAAAGAAAUAUCUUCACUUAAGGAAGAAGUAGUUGACGUGGAAACACCAACAACCGAUUCGAAUUUAAUAUUGGAGCAAGAAGUAAAGAUAUUGAAACAAAAACUUGAACAUAUUACCAAAGAGUUGCAUGUAGAAGUUUCAAAUUCAAUGCGGCUUUCCAUUGAAAAAAUCAAGCUUCAAAAUUUAGUUGAUCAAUAUAGUGCUACCAAAGUAGAAGAACACUCUAUAGCGACGCCUUCUACUAAUAAUGCUACCACUAAUAAUGCCAAAAAACCAGAGCAGAAGAAUGCCAUGAAGAAAGAAGGUCAAAAGGAAAAAAAGCAAACGCUUGCUAAAAAUAAAUUAAGUAUCAAGACCCGAAAUUAUUUUACCAGCGUUGUUUUGAAGCGUUUUCCCUCGAAACAUGUACGCUAUCCAUUGGCUGAUGUAGUCGUAGCCUUUGCUGCCGCAAUUGAAAUCCAAUUGUCCGUUGAUGAUGUAUACAAUGUACGCGUACAUGAGCAACGUCCGACGAAUCAAAGUUUCUUGCAAAAUCAAGUUGGUUUAGAAGUGCAAUUUAAAACGUUGCAAUUAAAAAUCGAAUUUCUUCGAAAUAAGUCAAAAGUAAAGAAUCAUCCUGAAUAUGGUUCCGUAUUAAUCAGUGAAUAUAUGAAUGAAAAUACUUAUUCGCUGUUAUGCUACGCUAAAAAGAAAUUGAAAACUCUUGGCUUUAGCAUUGCCUAUCAGAGAGGUCAAAUAAAAGCUUUACACAAUAACAAUGGGACUAAAGGGUCCACAGGACUUCCACAAUUAUGUAUAGAAAAUCGAGGACAAGUGGAUGACUUGGCUCGUUCGAGCGCAGAAAAUAAAGAAAAUUUUAAAAGUUCAGUUAGUAUGCUACGAAGCUUGCAAGCUGGUGGCAUUAAGAAGAAGGAGGAGGAUCUGGAGAACGAUUCCAAUGACGAGGUAACUGACUCUGAUAGUAGCUCUAGUCUAUCCUUCCUUCUGAGCCUUGAAUAAUGUUUUCAUGUAUUUUAAAUCAAUUUUUUAUUAACAUUUUCCUGUGUUCUUAAUUAUUAAUUAAUUCAUAAAUAAACUUU